AAGGAAAGUAUGAGCUGUCAACCAUCUCUAUAUAUUAUUAUGAUAUUUACCUUCAAAAAUCUACCCGUAUUCUAUUUUUCAAGUCUCCACAGUUCGAUGAGUUGAAUUCGAACCUAUUAAUCCUCAAAUCCAAUCUCCAUUGACCAUGUCCUCAAUGAUGGAGCACAUAGAUCAAACCACCAUCCUCUCUCUUCUCGGCGUCGUCGCCAUUCUCCUCUCCUCCUACAUCCUCUCUAACCGCGUCCUGAGUCCUACCAUUCCUUCCUCCCUCCGCAUCCUCUUCAUCUGGCACUCUUUUGAUUUCCUCAUCCACACCAUCUUCGAAGGUUCAUUUCUCUACAACUGCUUUUUCUCCCGCGUUCCCUUUGAUUCAUCGAUUGCUCAUCCAGUUGCUCUCACUAAUUUCCUGGGCACGAGUCAAUUUGUCUAUGGAGCUCAGUAUGCAGAUAAUUGGGCGAGUAAGUUGUGGAUGGUUUAUGCGCAGGCGGAUAGGAGAUGGGCGGGGGCGGAUCUCACAGUCGUGAGUUUGGAAUUGUUGACGGUGCUUGGGGCAGGACCGUUGGCGCUUUGGAUUUGUUGGGGUAUUGUGAGGAAGGAUUGGAGGGUUAAUUUUUGGAUGGUGGUACUUGCUACGGGGGAAUUGUAUGGUGGUAUGCUUAUGGAUUUCCUUUUUAUACUCCUCUCCUUAUAUUUCUUUCCCUUUUUUCUCGAACUUAGAAUGUAGGCGCUGAUUUGGUGGAUUGAAUAGGUUUCAUGACAUUUGCGCCUGAAUGGUUAACGGGAAAUCAAAAUUUAAACACGAGUAACUUUAUGUUUAAAUGGGUGUACUUGGUAUUUUUCAAUAUGCUGUGGGUUUUCUUGCCAAUAUAUGCAAUGUAUGUUGCAUUUUACGAUAUUGGUAAUGCGAUGCAGGUGAGGAAUAGUGUUAUCAACGCCAGGGUUGAGAUAAUGAAGAGCCAGAAACAAGCGAAGAAGAAUUGAGUUCAAAAGGGGUUGAAGAGUAUCCGAAGAGAAGGUAGGGUGAGGUGAGAUGGAUGAGAGAUGUAUUUUCAUGAUAUUCCAGUUUUUCAUAUAUUAUCUCAUUGUAUUUAAAAAUAUAUGCUAUAGAAUUUAGAUUUAUCUUGAU